CGGGCGACAGCCCUACAGCUGUAAACGCCGCUCAGCAGCAACAGCAGCAGCAACAGCAGCAGAAACGGCAACAUGGAUGGCUGGGCGAGUGUAGCAGCAGCAGCAGCAGCAGCAGCGGAAACAGCAGCAGCAGCAACAACACCAGCAGCAGCAGAAACAGUAACAGCAGCCGUAACAGCAAAAGCAGCAGAAACAGCAGUAAAAGCAGCAGCAGCAGUAGCAGCAAUAGCAGCAGAAGGAGCAGCAGUAAUACACACAGCAGCAGCAGAAGUGACAGCAGCAGCUGCUGCAGCAAGUGCUGCAGCAGGUGCUGCAGCAGAACGUCAGGGGCCCCUACGGCGCAGCCACCAUCAGAGCAGCUAUGCGAACAACAGCAGCAGCAGCAACAGCAGCAGCAGCAGCAGUCGCAGCAGCAGCAGCAGCAGCAGCAGCAGCAGCAGCAAGGACAGAAUCCCCUGCUGCCAAAUGUACGCAACGCUGCGUUGCUGCUGCUGCUGCAGCAGCAGCAACUCAACCAUCUCCAGACAGCUGUGCUGCGCCAACUGCAGCAAGACAACCCGCCGCAGCUGCAGCAAGAGGCGCUGCGUUUGCUGCUAAUGCAGCAGGGGCAGCAGCAGAGCAUGCAGCAGCAGCAGCAACAACAACAACAACAGCAGCACAACCCGUAUCAGCAGUCGCUGCAGCAGCUGUUACAGACUCCAAUGCUGAUGCGGCAGCAGCUGCUGCAACAGCUGCUGCUGCAGAUGCAAAAGCCAGAAGCGCAACAGCAACAGCAGCAGCAGCAGCGGCAGCAGCAGCCGGUUAUGCCUUCGACAGCUGCAGCUCCAGCAGCAGCAGCUGCAGCAGCAUUCCAUAGUGGCGCUGCUGCAGCAUUCGCAGCAAGAGCAGCAAACGCAGCAGCGGCUGCUGCUGCAGCUGCUGCAGCUGGCAGGCGCGCUGCUUCUGGUGAAGCAAAUGCAGACCUAAAGGCCGCUGCUGCUGCUGCUGCUGCUGCUGCUUCUGCCCAACAGCAGCGGAAGCAGCAGCAGCAGCAACAACAACAGCACCGACCGAACACAGGCCGUUCUGCUGCUGCUCCUGUUACGAUUGUCGUCAGCGACGAUGAUUCCAGCAGCAGCAGCACGGAGAGCAGCAGCAGCAGCAGCAGCAGCAGCAGCAGCGGUGAGGAGGACACGGCAGCGUUCGGGUUGAAUCGCUGCCGCAAGAGGAAGCAGCAACCCACUGCAGUUUCUGCUGCUGCUGCUGCUGCUGCUGCGCGGUACCGCCGCAUUGCUGCUGUUGCUUCAGCAGCAAGGGCCCUGCCAGCACAGAAGGCUGCUGCAGCAGCAACAGCUGCUGCUGCUGCUGCAGCUGCUGCAGCAGCAAAGGCUGCGUCGCCGAUUCAUGCUUCAACAGCAGCAGCAGCUGCUGCUCCUGCUGCAUCACCUAAGGCAUCUCCUGUGGCUGCUUGUUUCCGUGCAUCGCCGCUUGCUGCUGCUCGCGCUGCAGCAAUUGCUGCUGCUGCUGCUGCUGCUGCUGCAAGUGCUGCAGGUAGGCAGCAGACCAAGGGAAAACAGAGCAGCAGCGCAGGUGUCGUGAUUGACGUUGAAGGAGACGCAGCAGCAGCAGCUGCUGCUGCUGCUGCUGUGAAUAGCGAAUCUCCCGUUGCAGCAGCAGCAACAGCAGCAGCAACAGACCGCGCAGUAGCAGCAGCAGCUGCUGCAGCAGCUGCUGCUGCUGCACCUUCUCGUAAUCAGAGAACAGCCUUCUCUCCUCGAAGGCCCAUCACCGCAGCAGCAGCUGACUGCGUCAUUCAUGGAAGCAGCAGCAGCAGCAGCAACAGCAGUAGCAACAGCAGCAAGGCAACGACACGCUGCCGCGACUGCCUCUAUGUGAUUGCGACCUUCAGCGCCUUCUGCCGCUGCCCCUCAAAGCAGCAGCAGCAGCAGCAAGACGGGAGUGAGUCGAGCCGCAACAGCAGCAGCAGCAGCAGCAACAACAGCAGGCGUAUCCGUGGUUCGUUGACGCGUCUACAGUGGAGCGCGGAGUCUGCAGCAGCAGCAGCAACAGCAGCAGCAGCAGCAGCAGCAGCAGGGAGAUCCGUGCCGCCUUUGCUGCGAGGGUGGAGGGCCCAGCUGCGGUGUACAGGGGGACAUUGCUUCUGGAGAGACUUCAGAGAACUCAAAGCAGGACUCUGGUCUGCUGCUGCUGCUGCUGCUGCUGCUGCUGCUGUUAAGGCUGCUGCUAAUGCUGCUGCUGCUAAUGCUGCUGUUAAUGCUGCUGCUGCUGCUGUUAAUGCUGCUGCUGGUGCUAAUGUUGCAAAAUACUUCUGCUAA